GUGCAAUUUGUCUAGGUAAGAAAAUAUAUUCGUCACGAUAUUAAAAUAUUGUAUUCUUAUUUAUAUUACAACCAAUUGAGCCAUUUACAGACAGUCUUGUAUUAUUUUUAUACCACAUAAUCAGUGAAAAUUACAUAUCGUCGUAAAAGAAUCAUAUAAAAAUCAAAGCAUUAUUUUUUCUAUUGUUUUCUGUCAUGUCUCGUCGACCUUGGCAAGAGAUUUCAAAAGGUAUUAAUAAAGAUUAUCUUUCAACAUUAAUUAAGCAACAUAAUGUUUGUACAUAUCGUACUGAACCAUACAAGAAUUAUCUAUCAAUAACAUACAAAUGUUCAGAAUAUAAAAAAUUGCCCGCGUGUUCAUAUCAGUUAAAAGCCAAACAACAUGUAGAUGGAACAUACCAAUUAUAUUCCUCAUGAUGUCAUAAUCAUCAACAAUGCGCUGAUAGUAAUCGUUUAUUAUCACUUUAUACUAUUAUUAUGUAUUCGUGACAAUAUUCGUCAAAUGACAGAUAAUGAAUUAACAGCUGUACAAAUUAUAAAGGUAAUGAAAGUAUUACAUCCAGAUCUUUCAUUGANAAAAAUCAAAAGUGCUGUUGAAUAUAAACAACAACAAAAUCGUUGUCGUAUAAAAUUCAUUGAAGAAUUAUAUUCGUGGUGUUCUCAACGUAAUACAUAUCCAUCAGUUGAUAAAAUACAUGACGUUGUCGUACCAUAUUUUGAAGCUGUGGAUGUGAAUAAUACAUUUAUUUGUUUAACUACACGUCAAUUACUUUCAACAUGUAAAUAUUCCUCUGUAUUAUAUAUUGAUUGUACAUAUAAAGUCACAGCUAACGAGUUAUCAGUAUUAGUCUUUGGUACAUCAGAUUUCGAUGGUCGAUUUUAUCCUGUGGGUGCAUCGACUAUCAAUAAUCAAGGAUAUACCAUAUCACAUGUUAUGGGGGAUGGUGCAGCAGGUAUUACAGGUGCCAUGUGUGAAUUACCAUUAGCACGUCGUUUAAUGUGCUGGGCACAUGUUAUCCGUAAAGUUCGUGGACAUGGAACAUUAAUUAGAAAUAAAGACAAAUUUUUAUUAGUUGAACAAGAUAUUAUGCAAUUACAACUAUCAUUUAGUGAUCAAAUAUUUAUCACAGCAGCCAAUCUUAUGAUUAAUAAAUGGAAAUUAGAUAAAGAUAUAGAAAAACUCACGGACUAUUUUGAACAACAAUGA